AUGGCAAGCCCAAAGCAAACAGACGCAGACACCGGAGAUUCGAAAUUUCCUGCUGCUAAUGUGGAUUUAGAAUUGAAUCCAGGCAAGAACAAGAAUUUUGAAGAAGACAGUGGGCCAUCUCUAGUAGCUACCUCCAAGGAGAUUAAGGAACAAAUAGAGGCUGAAGAUAAGAAGAAAAAGGACCAGGAGAAGAAAGAUGCAAUCCAGACUCUCAAGAAAAGCGUUAUAGUCUCGGCGGUGAUCGUGGCUCUGGCAGGGGCAAUUUUUGCCAUAACCAAGAAAUUGAGAGAGAAAUGA